GGCAUACGUCGACCAUGGCGGGGAGUGUGCAUGGUGGGACCCCCAGGUACUGGCAAAACUUUGUUGGCUAAAGCCGUAGCAACCGAAUGUAGGACAACGUUCUUCAGCGUCACCUCGUCAACGUUGACUUCGAAAUACCGCGGCGAUUCGGAAAAACUUGUGCGCUUGUUGUUCGAGAUGGCACGUUUUUAUGCGCCAAGCACUAUAUUCAUCGAUGAAAUCGACAGUAUAUGCAGUCGACGCGGCUCUGACUCGGAACACGAGGCAUCGCGAAGGGUGAAAUCGGAACUUUUAAUUCAGAUGGAUGGCAAUUCAAACGAAGAUAUUAGCAGAUCCAUUAUGGUAUUAGCCGCGACUAACUUUCCGUGGGACUUAGAUGAAGCAUUGAGACGACGCUUGGAAAAGCGUAUUUACAUACCGUUGCCCGAAAGUAAGUAUGCUUUGUUUUGUUCAGAUCAUUACGUUGGAGUAUUUUGUUUUUCUUAAGG